AAACUGUUAUGUUCUCGACAUCCUGUAGAGAGGACUGUAAACUGGGAAAAUCUCGGUAUUUCCCUUUCUAUUGCAAAUGUAAUCUUUGCGUUUCAGUUGCUUCCCAGGGAAACCAGAGAGGAGGGAAGUGAGAGGACUAAGUCGGCACAGCGCCACGCGGGGUCACAAGUUCCGAGCUGCCCAUUUACUGCGGGACUUCCCGUGCGCCAGGAAAACGGCCCGGGAAGAAGCCGGCCCCUGGAAGUUCAGAGAAGCGCUGUUGAGCCGGCACAGUGCGGAAUCGUCUCGGCCCCGCCCCUGCGCACGCGCACCGGGAGCGCGCUGGCGUCAGUGCGCGUGGUGCGAACGGCGACUCCUCCGAGGCCGUGGCGCCGCCGGGGCGUUCCAGCCGGGUUUCCAUGGCGACUGGACGCGGCCGGCUCGUUCAGCAUCACUGCCGCGGCCUCCGGGAGCUGCGUUGGCCGCUCGGCGGCGGCGGCGCAGCCCCGGGGAGGGCCGGGUUCAGAAAGGAUCCAAGUCUCAAAGGUGCUGCAGGCAGAAAUGCUCUGCAGCAAUAUGCCAGGUGGGAAAAGGACUGUGAGAAACCCCCCACUAACUGUUCUGUGUCUCUGGAUAGGAUGCCUCCGGAAAUCCUGCUGAAGAUCUUUGCCUACUUGGAUGCUGCGACUCUGCUUUGUACUGGAUGUGUGAACAGGCGCUUUUAUCAUCUGGCCAAUGACAAUUUUAUUUGGAUCAGAAUCUACUCCACUGCCUUUUCGCCUAAAAGAUUUAAUUGGGAAGCUCAUUCAGUAGAGAAGACAGCUGUGUCUGUGAGCGUACUGUCAGUUGAGGAUAAAGAAGCUGGAUACUGGAAGAAAGAAUAUAUUACAAAACAAACAGUAUCUGUAAAAGCAGCGCUAGCUGAGGUUCUCAGACCUGUCAACCCUUACACGGGCCUCCCAGCUAAAACCAAGGAGGCACUCAGAAUAUCAGGUUUAGGUUGGGUAAUUAUACUGAAGGAGAAGAGUGGAAAAGAGCACAUCCUGAAGCACGUUGAUCUUUCCAUCAACAACGCGUCAGCUGCAGCCGUGUGGUAUGGCAAACACUGGCCACGACUGGCCGCUCUGUCAGGUCUAGAUCUGUGCGGGGCGAUGCCAGUUUUUAUGCACUGGCCUAAAACCCCCUCCAAAAAUGGACCUCGAUGGCAUUCAUUAAUUGCAAAGUACAAUCUGAGUGAUCUAACUGGAUCCACCAUGAUUGGCUGUGAUGGGCUCAUUCGGAUCUUCUGCCUCAACCCAGGCCUGCUGGUGGGGCUUUGGAAGAGGGAGGAAGAACUGGCUUUUGUUACGGCAAAUCUUCAUUUCCAUCACCUUGUGGAGAGGAGCACAUUAGGCUCGGCCACUGUCCCUUAUGAGCCACCUCCUCAUAGCCCUCUUUUGGAUGACACCCCAGAAUAUGGACUGCAUGACUACCAACUCCAUGUUGAUAUGCACAGCAGUGGAAUUUCCUACCUGAGUGGCACAUUUCGCAGUCUCUGUACCAAGAAAGAGUUGUUCUAUCCUGGACGUAACUCUCUUGGAUGCAUAUGGGAAGCCCUUUUGGUGUUUCAGCUCCCCGGUUUGCAUGAGGUCUCCCAGGUCCUCUGACAGCCCUAAUUUCCUGGGACAGACAUUCAAUGUCAACUACAUGGACGCAGAAGGAAAAGUGUGUAUGGAGCUGGUGUGGAUCGAAGAGACCGAAGAAUACUUCAUUGUCAGCCUGGUUCUUUACCUGAGUGUAGCAAAAGUAAACCAUUGGUUUGGGACAAAGUACUAAA